CUGAUUCAGUAUGGCGGAAGUGAGGUGACAGGAAAACUUGACGACAACACCUGAGGAAACUCUUGUAUUUCUUGGUAACCUGAGGCGACACGCUUCCACAGGUGAUGCGUCAACAACAUUUGGUCGCUUAAGCUUCCGAUAGCGUCAUUUUUAAUUCGUAACUUUCAGGUGACCAACCAUGCUGUCUGCUUUGUUAAAGGAGCAUCAGGCUCGGCAACAACAGCACAGAGAACUGCAAGAGAAAAGAAGAAAGGAUACCAUAGCAGCAGCCACAGCUGUAACACAAGCCUUGGGUGAAAAUCUCAACUCUGGGGUUUCCCAGGCAUAUGUGAACCAGAAGAAGUUGGAUGCAGAAGCUAAACAACUGCAGACACAAGCUGCUACAUAUGCCAAGAAGACUCUACAGUGGCUGGCUGUGGUCGAGGGUUUUAACCAAGCACUCAAGGAAAUAGGAGAUGUGGAGAACUGGGCCCGCAGUAUAGAGAGUGACAUGAGAAUAAUCAGUACAGCUCUGGAAUAUGUAUAUAAAGAUGAAGCCUCCAAACCUCCUGGAAUGUAGCUGUUACCACGUCAUCAACAACAAACCCAUGCCUUAUUGCAGCAGAAAUCUUGAAAAGUCACAAUUGCAUACAGUGCGUAAGUGUGUAAUACUGAUAGGUUAAUUGUUCAAAAAGUCCUGCAAUUUUUGUUGAUACACUGUAUACCAGUAAAAUGAUUUCAGAGGACUCAGAGUAGAUGAAAUGGUAACAACAUUAAAAGGAGAUAUUAAAAAGAACAGCCUCCCUUUCUUUCAUUUUUCUUCAAAGAUAAACAAUACAUUAAGGUGAGGUAUAAGUCUAUAAUUAUAAAAUGUGUGGGACAUAUGGAGACAUACCAAACUGACAUUGUCACAUAUGAUGUCUUUGAUGGUGACUUCAUAACUUUUUAUAGUUGUCAGAAAUGAAUAGAUUAAUGCCAAGAUGAACAUAUUUACAUCAUGCACUUGUUGUCUUUUUAGAGGUUAACAUGGUACCAUUUUACAUCAAGAUAUCAUACUGAAUAAAAACAAAAUGGCUGACUAUUGUUGAUUUGUAUGCAUCUAUGAAAUGAACUACAGUAGAUAUACAUGUACAUGUAUAUAAAAACAAGACAGACACUGUAACUAUAGUUUAAAUGUUUAUACCAAGUCUUCUCUACCAAACAGACUUCUUCACUUUCUGUAGAAAUAAUCACUUUAACAUGAGGAUGUGGAAGGGUUUUCAUUGAAUCCAGAGGGACUAUAUCAUAUCAACCCAAAUUCUAAUGCAAAACUUCACAGAUCCCUAGUUCACCAAGCCAAUAAUUUCAAAGUCAAAUGGAAUGCAUUAGUCUGAAUCCAUGUGAAUGUUUUAGUAGAAACUGAGUUCUUAAGUAUCCUUCCACAUCCUCAUGUACCUCUUAUACGGACUUAGAGUCCCUGUCAGUCUUAGUUCUCACAUAAUCUUACACCACCAAGUUUUGAACUACAAUGUAUUUCCACUGGAAGCCUAUACACAAACUAGCCUGGGUACCAUCCUAGAUAGUUUUGUACAAAGGGAGUACACAGAAAACUACUUACAAAGGCACCCAGGCUAUACAGAAAGAAAAAAAAAAGAAAUACUAGCUCUUAUCCAUUUACACAAUGCACAGCAAAAGCAUAAAUACACGUACGAACAACACACAUGAAGGCAAUACUACAUAAGCGGCCCAUGUGUUACAUCAAUAUUUACAUUUACUGGGACUAAUUUUUGUCCAGAUCUUUCCACACUUGGGUAUCUGUGAAAACAGUGAUUCAAAAAAGUACAUGUAGUUACAUACAGUCAUUCUCUGUGAUGUUCUUUGCCAAAAAACAGGUCAAUACUGUAAGUCAUCCUUCCUCACAUCUGUUGCAGUCCUUUCUGUGCAUUCAAACAAUCAUUCUGUCCAAAUUAUGAUGAAACAUAACCAAGCCUAUACAGGAUGCAAAGACCACAACACUGUGUAAUGAGUUCUUUUUCUUCAUAUACUCAUUUCCUUUAGAUAUGAUGGCUCUAUACUUCACUCUAGGCCUUACAGUCCUGUUGCACAUCUACAUGUAGCCUAGAUUAUAAUGUGCAAAUGGUUUACGAGGAUAAAAAAUCAAGGAAAGGAACAAAAUGACAUCUGUUUGACAGUUCAAAUCUUGCUAGAACCAACCAAUAGAAAGGAAUGGUAUCUAAGGCCAAAGUUACAAAAGAUGAUGGCCCAUGUAAAUUUCCUAUGUGCUCAUUAACAGGACAAGAACAUUAAAAAACUUCUUUGAACAAGAAAGAUUCAAGACACCAUGUAAAAAAAAUGGUAUUAAGAUUAAAGUAUUCCAUGUUUGGCAGUCUUUCAAGGUACAUGUACAACCUUUCCUAGAAGCAAGGAGUGAGGAUAUAUCCUCACUUAUAGUGAGGAUAUAACCUCCUUCCUGGAAGUAACUGACAUUCCGUAGGUUCCUGCCUGCACGUCCCUGGAAUAUGCCAUAUAAUAUAGAUAUAUACAACAGUUGGUGGCUCACAGGUUUAGCCUAUCUAGGCUAUGGUCUUUUACUCCAAUGAUGAGUAGAAGAUGCAAUACUGGAAGACAGGCUCCUUGACUUGUCCAAGUUGUGUCAUGAAAAAAUUUUUUCUGCCUAAAAAACAUAGCUGAGCAUCCAAAAUAAACAGAAAAGCAAGUGUUUUACCUGUGUAGGAAUCUGAAUGCCAAUGUUAAACACAAUAUUUCUACUUUAUAUACGUACAUUCCUUUUGUAUUUUGGUCCAAUGGUUUUGCUCCGUUUUUAAACCCUUUCUUGACAAUACUGACAUCAUACAUCCAGUCAUACACAUCAUACUGUAUAAGAAAUUCAAAAUGUCCAAAAUUUAUCUGUGACACUGACACCACGAAAAACAAAGUAAAAGGAAAAUAAAAACAGCACACUCAGAAACAAUGAAAUCAUGGCUACUGGCUAGUGUUACGAUUUUGCACACAAAGUCUAUUGCAAACUCCCCUAUCCAGUGUGUAACUGAUGCAAUAUCAUCACCAUAACUGGAAGUACCAAACUGCAGGAUCUCCAGUUUUACUUUAAAUCUACAUCACUCAGAAAGCUGCGACAAUGCUGGUAAUAUUGUACAUGUAUUACACUUUAUAUUAAAGACCCAUUUCUUUUCAUUACAGCUGCGUAAGUCCAUUGGAGGGAGCGCUGGCCAAUAUUUAGCACAUAUUUCCAUCAUAGAUUCAAUUCAUUCUUCGUACUUUAAAUCUGAAUGGCAUCAAACAUGUACUAGUUUGAGAUACCUCUUCCUACACACAAAAAGGGCUACCUAAGUAAAACAAAAAUAAAAACAACAAAACAAAAAUAUUUCAUAAAUAUCACUAAGCUCUAGUUCUAUUUACAAGAUCAGUAAGUUAUAAUUUCAUUGCAAGCAACUUCAGAAUUGCAAAAUCCCUAUGUUGAAAAAAAAUCUAGUAGAACAGUGCUAGUUGUUGGUUAUGAUGGAUAUUUUACAAUGUAACAAAAAAAGUCUGCAUGGCAAUCUAUCCUAACAUGGCAUGUAUUAUAAUGGCAACAUAAUGUUUCAACUGUUUUAUAUCUGGCAACCAGCAGCAUCAAAAUGUGGGCAGCAUUACUAGUAGCAAUAUUCAAACAA